CGGGGGGAAGGAGGGCGCGCGGGUGCUAAUUGGCCGCCAUGGCGGCCCCGCCCGCGAGUGGCGGGCGGUCACGUGACGCGACGGCUGGGGGCUCCCGGCGCGGGGGACGCUGGUGGCCAAGAUGGCGGCGGAGCUGGUGGAGGCCAAAAACAUGGUGAUGAGUUUCCGAGUCUCCGAUCUUCAGAUGCUCCUGGGUUUUGUCGGCCGGAGUAAGAGUGGACUUAAACACGAACUUGUCACCCGGGCCCUCCAGCUGGUCCAGUUUGACUGUAGCCCUGAGCUGUUCAAGAAGAUCAAAGAGCUGUAUGAGACACGCUACGCCAAGAAGAGCUCGGAGCCUGUCCCCCAACCCCACCGGCCCCUGGACCCCCUGACCAUGCACUCAACCUAUGACCGGGCUGGCACGGUGCCCAGGACUCCCCUCUCGGGCCCCAACAUUGACUACCCCGUGCUCUAUGGGAAGUACUUGAACGGACUUGGACGCUUGCCCGCCAAGACCCUCAAGCCAGAAGUGCGUCUGGUGAAACUGCCCUUCUUUAACAUGCUCGAUGAGUUGCUGAAGCCCACAGAGCUGGUCCCACAGAAUAACGAGAAGCUUCAGGAGAGCCCGUGCAUCUUUGCGCUGACACCAAGGCAAGUGGAGCUGAUCCGGAACUCCAGAGAGCUGCAGCCCGGGAUCAAGGCCGUGCAGGUGGUCCUCAGAAUUUGCUACUCGGACACCAGCGGCCCCCAGGAGGACCAGUACCCACCCAACAUCGCCGUGAAGGUCAACCACAGCUACUGCUCCGUCCCGGGCUACUACCCCUCGAAUAAGCCUGGAGUGGAGCCCAAGAGGCCGUGUCGCCCCAUCAACCUCACCCACCUCAUGUACCUUUCCUCGGCCACCAACCGCAUCACCGUCACCUGGGGAAACUAUGGCAAGAGCUACUCCGUGGCCUUGUACUUGGUGCGACAGCUGACCUCUUCGGAGCUGCUGCAGAGGUUGAAAACCAUCGGGGUGAAGCAUCCAGAGCUGUGCAAGGCGCUGGGUGAGCUCGUGGGAGGGGCGCGCCCCAGCAUCCGUGCAUCACCCCGGGGAGCGUGGGAGGAGGAGCGGAGCCAGUCACAGACGAGGCAGGGACGAGGGAGGUGUGCUCUCUAGCCCAGCGAGCCCGGGGCGGUGAGAGCUCGGGGUGAAGCCCGCCGGCAUCCUGGCAGGGUGAGCACCUGGGGGCCGUUCCCACAGCCCCGAGCCGGGCACGUCCCUGGAGACGGGGGUUCCAGGCAGAUGCCUCCGACUGCUGGGUGGGGGCCAGGGACACGGAGGGCAGGGGCAGACCCAGUUUGCAGCUGUGGGCCCCGGGCAGUGACACAGUCUGGCCUCAGACAGCAAGACUGGUCGUGUUCUGGGAGGGGGGACGGGACGCAGGGAGCACUGAAAGCGAACCGCUCCCCAGACGGGCAGACAGCAGGUCCUGUCUCUCCUCCUGUGUCCCUGCGCCCAGGGGCUGCCCAGCCCACAGCAGGAACUUCAUCUGCUUGGCGGCUGUGUAGCCUCAGGCAAGUCAGCGGCCCUCUCUGGUUGCCACAGCUUCCCACCAGAUGCACACGAUGGCCCUGGGCCGGGGGACUUGGCGACGUCCCCGUCUGACCAUUGGGGACACUGAGGUGCCGAGCGGCAGGGCCUUGGCCCA